AUGGUGAAAAGACAUAAAGCUGCCACAUCUCUACGACAUCCUUCCGACACAGUAUCGGUCGUUCUUUCUAGUGCACUGUAUCUUGGGCCUUGUUCAGCUGCUUCCUCCGAAUCCUUUUUGAGUACCAAGUCAAUAACCCAGGUCUUGAGUGUAGGCAGCACACCUUCACCCAAAGUGGAGGGCGUUGUCUACCAUAGACUAUCUCUUUCAGAUUCUACUACAUCUUCCAUCUCAAACACGAUCGAUGCCGCUACAGAAAUUAUCAAAGCCGCGUUACAAUCGAAUAAAGGGCGCGGAAGGAUCCUGGUACAUUGCUCUGCAGGAGUAUCACGAUCACCGACAAUCGUUUGUGGAUAUCUUAUGAAAGAGCAUAAUAUGUCUUUGAAAAAUGCGUUGGGUCUUAUUGUUCGCGCUCGACCGCAAGUCUCUCCAAACCCCGGCUUUUUAAACCAACUAAAGGACCUGGAAGUGGCAUUGUUUGGUUCGUCAUCACUGGAUAUCGAUGAAUUACCACGACGAGAGAUAGACCGUUUGGCACUUUUCAAUGAUGAUGGUGACAAUGUUCAAUUAUCUCAUACAGUGAAUAACUAG